AUGGGUUUAGUUGUGCCGGCAGAUAGAGUGACCUUAAUUAUUGCUGGCAGUGUGCACGCCUUCUUGUAUGUACUUCCCCCGGCAGUUUAUCUGUCUUUAAGUACUUCUGCCGGCAGUAACACGAUCCCCGGCAGAUGUCUAUUUAUCCUUGCCUUCCUAACUACCCACGAUUAUACUAUUCUAAACCAAAUCACACGGCGUCUUCACGGGCGAUUGGAUCUGAGCUCUCGACCUGGUUCCUCCAUCACGGCUCAACACAGCGAACCACACCGGAGUCCACUGCACGACGAGGGUUCGUCGUCCUCGAUCUCGCCCUCUCCUCCGUGCCCGCCGACGCGGGCCGCGUCUCCGUGUCCUCGGCCAUGCUGCCAGCGGCAGCGAUGCGGUCUGGCGCCAGCGCCGACGGAGUUCCCGUCUUCUUCCCUGCAUCGCGAGCACAGUACCGGCCUGCCUACGUCGGGGCUGCUCGCCACAUGGCCGACCCGGAGGUGGAGACGCCGCGACCAGGUCAUGCAAUUGCUGGGCUAUUCUUCCUCUGCUCACGCUGUGGUCGGUGUUGUUGCAACAAAUAUUACAGGUUUAUUGUGCACGAUUACCAGCAAGGUGAAGCCGGUGGAGCUCAUGACCACCGCCAUGCACAAGGACUGGCCAAGCCCGCAAAAGUUUAUUGGGCAUGAUGACCAGCAAGGUGAACAAGGUGGCGCGCAUCACCACCGCCCUGCGCAAGGAAACGUCAAGCCUGCAAAGAGCCAAUAGGAGAAAAUCAGCGAGCAGCUUCAGGCCCUUGGUCAGUGUUGAUGAUUUAUUCGGAUGCAGGAUGUUUUGAAAAGACUCUUGGUCAUUACUCAUUAGUUGUUGUCUCCAUUGCUAUUUUACUGUAUAAUGAAAUAAUCAUGGAUCUUGUAAAAUACUUGGUAAUUACGUGUCUCCGUUCUUAAUUUAGUGUUUGGAAGUAACCAGGGAUACAAAAUUAUCAUUACAUAUUUUUUCCAUUCUUUAUUUAUCAUAGGAGGAAAUCCACCCGCCUUUUCCAAUUUAUGAAAGUUUAAGAUGAUUUUGGACAAAUCAAGCUUCAAGAAUAUAUCUUGCAAGUUCGAUAACUAUCAAUACAUCUUGAUAUUUUUGAUUU